AUGGCGGCACCACCAUCGCCACCACCAACGCCACAGCUACAUCUCACACAUUUUCUCUUAUUCCUACUCCUCCUCUUCCACCUUUCUCCCCUCCAGGCUACACCACCGGCGAGCGACCACCCAGACCUUGCCCCAUUGAUGUCGUUCAAAGCUUCCUCCGACGUAUCAAACAAACUCACCUCCUGGAACUACUCCUCCGAUCCAUGUAGUAUCUCCUCCACCUUCUACGGUGUCUCUUGCCUCCACAACCGAGUUACUCGUCUCGUCCUCGAAGACCUCGACCUACAAGGCCGUUUCGACUCACUCGCUUCCCUGACUCAGCUCCGGAUUCUCUCUCUCAAACGUAACCGCCUCACCGGCCCCAUUCCAGAUCUCUCUAAUCUCACUGACCUCAAGCUACUAUUUCUAUCCUACAACCAAAUCUCCGGCGAGUUUCCGCUGUCGCUACCUUCAUUAUUCGGUCUAUACCGGCUUGAUCUAUCGUAUAACAACUUUUCCGGCGAGAUUCCGGCGACAAUCAACCGUAUGAAACACUUACUAACUUUACGCCUCGAGGAGAACCAGUUUUCCGGUUCCAUUGGGGUGUUAAGCCUACAAACUCUACAAGACUUCAAUAUCUCCGGGAACCAAAUUUCUGGUGAGAUACCCACCGCACUCUCCGGGUUUCCCGAAUCCGCAUUUACAAACAACCGGGUUUUGUGCGGGCUUCCACUCUCCAACUGCACCGAACCCAAAAUUCCCGGUAUAGCCUCGCCGGUGGGUAAACCAGCUAACACGGUUGUCUCGUCAUCACCGAGCUCCAUGCCUUCCACGGCGUCGUUACCUAACGAUCAUAAAAAAUCAGGAAGCAACCACCAUAGUAGUGGCAAGAUAAGUACUUUAGCGAUUGUAGCGAUUAUAGUCGGAGAUGUUUUGGUUUUGGCGGUAGUGUCGUUAAUUCUCUACUGUUACUUCUGGCGUAACUUCACCGGAAAAUCAGGUACGACGAAGUCAACGUCUUCGCAGAUUCUCGAAGGUGAAAAGAUAGUAUACUCAUCAAGUCCGUACCCGAACCCGACUGCGCAGUCGGGUUUUGAGAGGGGUAGAAUGGUCUUUUUCGAAGGUGCAAGGAAGUUUGAGCUGGAGGAUUUAUUGAGAGCGUCGGCGGAGAUGUUGGGUAAAGGUGGGUUUGGGACUGCGUAUAAAGCGGUGUUGGAUGAUGGGAAUGUGGUGGCGGUGAAGCGGCUGAAGGAGGCGGCGAUUGGUGGUAAACGUGAUUUUGAACAGCAGAUGGAGGUUCUAGGGAGGUUACGACACCCUAACGUCGUUAGUUUGAAGGCUUAUUAUUUUGCGAGAGAUGAGAAAUUGUUAGUCUACGAUUACAUGUCUAACGGCAACUUGUUCUGGCUUCUUCACGGUAACAGAGGUCCAGGAAGAACACCAUUAGACUGGACCACAAGGCUAAAAGUAGCAGCAGGAGCAGCUAAAGGACUCGUCUUUAUUCAUAACUCUUGCAGAUCUCUUAAACUCACCCAUGGAAACAUCAAAUCAACAAACAUCUUACUAGACAAAUCCGGCAACGCCUGCGUCUCCGAUUUCGGCCUCGCCGCCUUCGCUCCGCCGACCACCGCCCCGAAAUCCGGCUACCGAGCACCGGAGCUUUCGUCAAUGGAUGCCCGGAAAACCACUCAGAAAUCCGAUGUGUACUCUUUCGGGGUGUUGUUGUUGGAGCUUUUGACGGGGAAAUGUCCGGCGGUGGUUGAGCAUGGUGGGACUGGGUACGGUGGGGCGGUGGAUUUGCCACGGUGGGUGCAGUCGGUGGUCCGGGAGGAGUGGACGGCGGAGGUGUUUGAUUUGGAGUUGAUGAGGUACAAGGAUAUUGAAGAGGAAAUGGUGGGGUUGUUGCAGGUGGCUAUGUCGUGUACUGCAGCUGCACCUGAUCAGCGCCCUACGAUGGGUUAUGUAUUGAAAAUGAUAGAGGAGAUACGGGGAGUUGAGGUGUCACCGAGUCAUGAGUUGCUUGACUCGGUUUCUGACUCGCCUUCUGUAUCGGAUGACACGUGCCGAGCGAGUGAGUAG